CCAAAACUAGCAAGCAUCCCCCCCAUCACCGCCUCCAUCUUCCCCCUCAGGCGCUCAGUUUAAACCCAAGUGCUCCACAAACGCCAUGGCUGCGGCUCUUUCCCGUAGCUGGUCCUUCUUCACGGGCAACCAGAAGGAAGAUAAGAACCUCCACCUCAGCCAGGACUACCAGCCAGGCACACCAAGCAGCCGGAUCAAUCUACAGGAGAGGUUUAAAGGAGGCCAAGGAUGGAGGACUGGGCCCCUCCCUCCUGUUCCUGGGAGUGAGCCAGAACAGCCCAAUGGAGAGCCACCACAGCCCAACACUGACCAGGCGCCACACAGCCGCCCUGACCACAGCGAUGACACCCAGGUCCCACACAAGCCCUCACAGCCUCAGCUCCAGUGGGAUCAUGUGGCUGCUCGUGGGGACAAUGCUCCCACCUCUAGCAACCCAACAGAGCCCCGCUACCCUAGGAGGCCCCUGCGUAAGCUACCCUCCGGGGUGACACCGCUGUGGGACAACCUGCAGGAUAAUGUGAAGCAGCUCAAGCCCCAGACCAGCAAGAUUCUCCAGGAGGGCGGCAAGAAAGUGAAUCGGGCCCUUCAGGGAGUCAGGACGUCCCUCUCUUCCCUCUCACAGAUGUUCAGAAGCUCCACCCGUCGACGGUACAAGCUGGAUGGCAGCACCCCAACACGCACACCCCGCAGGACCCCACGCCGCACCCCGGGCAAGCUGUACUCCCCCUUCAACAUCAGCACCCCACCCACUCCCUACAGCCACAAGGCAGCCAAGAGGCUUCAAAGUGCACCCCAAAAAAGAAACGUGCACGGUAGUGAGAACCUUGGCCUGGUGCGAACACCCCAGCACGGCAGACAGUGGCGGCAGCAGUUCAGCUCCCCGUCCCAGUCCCUGCAGCGAGACACAGCAGCCGUGAGCCAGGGCCUACGGGAGCUGGAGCAUGUCAGCAGCGGCAUCCUUCGUAAUGGGAAGUGUAAAUGGACACAGUUCCGUUGAGUCUGUCCCCGGGGUAGCUCAAGACAUCUUGGUGUGCUGUCAUCUUUCCAUUCUGUUUUCAGUACUAUUAUUAUUUUGUAUCAAGUACUAACAGGAUGCCAUAGUUUAUGCCACAAUGUAUUCUUCAAAUCUUCGCUGAUGGUAAAUGGAGCAAUGAAUCUGUAUGCACUGAUCCUUUCAUUUAUAUCUGCAGGCAAACAAAAAUGAAAUGUUUGCAACUUGGGAUCUGAAUAACAUUUGUCACUUGUAUACCAUAAUAGUAUUAUCAAAUGUUAUGUAUGGUAAUGCUUUUUAUAUGCAUAUAUACUAUUUUUUAGUUUUAUAUAAUCUCAUAUUUUAUACCGUAAGUUAAAAACACAGUGUUCGUUUUUUUAUCUGUUUUACCUUGGAGACUUUAUUUGAGGGCACUGCCUGUCAGAUCUGAUACACUUUGGAGUUGUGUAAGGCACAGGUGUUAAGUAACCUCAUGUUCACUUCACUAACUGUCCUUGUCUUGUCUUGCUAUUCUUCAUGCAAGCCUUCACCUCAAGUCUUGUUUCUAGUCCUUUAUCUCUAUGUAUCUUGUAAGGCAAUAACCAUGACAUGUGUAUAUUCACCUUCAUGUGGAAUUCAUUAAUCAUUUCCCUAACUAUCUCUCUCUCUCUCUCUCUCUCUCUCUCUCUCUCUCUCUCUCUCAUCACCAGUCCUUUCUGCAAGUCCCUCAAUAGUUUCCUAACCAAAGAUGGCUACUUAACAGGUGCACUGCUUAGAAUGAAUGGCUGGUUAUUAGAUCUCUUCACGGUAAUGUGUGUGGCAAGGAGUACCAUACAACCAGACUGUAAUGCCUGCAGUGUGUCGCAGCAUUCUAUCUCGACACCUUUUAUAAAGAUUUGGCAAUGUUCAAUACUUGACGUUACUCCCAAUAGCUGCAUUGUUUCUUGUCUGGCUGUCUUUCAUUAUGUGUUAAUGUCCAGUAUAUUUAAAGUGUUAUAUGUAAUGAUGAUACUCUAUGGCAUGAAGUAAUGCUUUUCAGCAAUGUCAAGGAGUGUCUAUCACCUUUAUGAAUCCCUACACAGUCUUGGAGACAUUCAUUUAUGAUGCACACUUAUAUGAUGGAUUCCUGGCAGCUUUAAUUUCGAUGUUCCUAAAAUGAAAUUAUAUUUUAUGUUACCAAGUCUCGGAGUGCCUGGGCAUGACUUCAUACACAUGCACUAAACUGUACUUUUCUAUGAACAGUAAAAUUUUGCUAAGCUGAAA